GCAGCAUAACCCCCGCGCUUUCACUUUUAUUUCUGCAUAAAAUUGCUGCUCGCCUCUCUCCCGCGCACCUCCUCCCGCUCCGUUCCCUGGCUGCAUCUUCUCGAUCCCUGCGUUUGACCUCCUUGCUGUCCCGGUUCAACCAUGUCCGGCAAGGGCAAAUCGCGAUGGGCCGACAGUGAGGAGGACGCCGCGAGAGAGGCCAAGGCCAGGAGAGAGAAGGAGGAGAAGAAGAGGCUGAAGAGGGAGAAGGCAGAGGCAGCCCGUCGGGCUGAGGAGGAGAACAAGCGGCAAGCAGCUGCGGCCACGGCCACGGCCACGGCCACGGCGACGGCGGUGGGAGACGAAGACGACCAAGACGGACGGCCAGCCAAGAGGCGGCGACUGACACCAGAGCGGCAGUCGGAACAAGCCCAGGGCGGAGGGAGUAAGAGCGCAGGCCCACGGCUCCUGCGCUUCCAGGCUGAUGGCGGCUUCGGCAGGUCCAACAGCGUAGAGAAGUACGACAAGCUCAACGACAUCGAGGAGGGCGCGUACGGCUGGGUCGCGAGGGCCAAGGAGAUCGCAACGGGCAAGGUGGUCGCGCUGAAGAGGCUCAAGAUCGAGCCCAACGACCGGAACGGGCUGCCCGUCACCGGCCUGCGGGAGAUACAGAUCCUCAAGGACUGCGAUCACAGGAAUAUUGUCAAGCUGCAAGAGGUGGUCGUCGGCGAAGACACGUCCAAGAUAGAAAAUAUUUUCCUCGUUCUGGAAUUCCUCGAACACGACCUCAAAUCGAUCCUCGAGGACAUGCCGCAGCCCUUCCUGGCCAGCGAGGUCAAGACGCUCCUACUCCAGCUCGCGGGCGGCGUCGCCUACUUGCACGAGCACUGGGUGCUGCACCGCGACCUCAAGACGUCCAACCUCCUCCUCAACAACCGCGGGCAGCUCAAGAUCGCCGACUUCGGCAUGGCCCGCUACGUCGGCGACCCGCCGCCCAGGCUGACCCAGCUGGUCGUCACGCUGUGGUACCGCGCGCCCGAGCUGCUGCUGGGCGCGUCAAGCUACGGCGAGGCCGUCGACAUGUGGAGCGUGGGAUGCAUCUUCGGCGAGCUGCUGACGCGGGAGCCGCUGCUGCAGGGCAAGAACGAGGUGGACGAGCUGACCAAGAUCUUUGAGCUCUGCGGCAUCCCCACCGACGACACCUGGCCCGGGUUCAGAAGGCUGCCCAACGCCAGGUCGCUGCGCCUCCCGCCCACCAGCAGGGGCAACACCACGGGCUCCGUCAUCCGCGCCAAGUUCCCGUUGCUCACCGGGGCGGGCGCCUCGUUGCUCAAUGGCCUCUUGUCCCUGGACCCGGCCAAGAGGCCCAGCGCGAGGGAGAUGUUGGACCACGAGUAUUUCCGCCAGGACCCGCGGCCCAAGUCCGAGGCCAUGUUCCCGACAUUCCCAAGCAAGGCUGGCCAGGAGCGUCGCCGACGGAGGGAUACCCCGAACGCGCCUGGGCGAGGGGAUGCGGUUGGGCUUGGGGCGGUUGAUUUCAGUGGAAUCUUCGCAGGCAGGGAGAAGGAGGAACGAGGCGGGGGGUUCUCGCUGAGGAUGGUCUAAUCCACUACGCUGUCCCACUCGGUGUGGUUGGCAUUCUCGUAGUACUUUUGGAAGCAAUCAUGGCCAUGUCGAAUCGACGUUGAACUGCCUGGAGGGAAAUAUGUUGAUAAUUUGUUCAUUACG